CCACUCUUUUUUCAUUGCAAAAAUAUUCAAGAAAUUAACUUCUUUCUCAUUUUCUUGUACACAAAAAAUGCUAGGCAAGAAGUUUGGUUCAAUGAAGAAAUUAGCCAAAAAGGCUAAGGUUAUUAGAUCACCAAGUGCUAAUUCUAUUUAUAACCAUGAUCAAUCCCAACAUCUUGAAUAUUUACUUGUUAAGGAUGAUCAUGAUCAUGAUCAUGAUCAUGAUGAUCAAGAUCAAGAUUAUCAAGGGGUUAGUCCAACAAGUGCUAAAUCAUCAAAAAAGAUGGGAACAUUUGCAGUGUAUGUAGGGGAAGAAAGGGAACGAUUCGCGGUGCCAACGAGCUAUCUCUCACAUCCAUUGUUCAAGAUUUUGUUGGAGAAGACAUAUAAUGAGUUUGGUUUUGAGCAAACAAAUGGACUUGUGGUUCCAUGUAGUGUUGUUGCAUUUCAAGAAGUGGUCAAUGCUGUGGAGUGUUGCAAUGGGAAGUUUGAUUUUGGUGGCUUGGUUGAGGAAUUUCUAUAAUUAGGUCGAUAUUAUUCUAAGGUCUUAUAUAUUAUGGCUUUGAUUCACAACUACGUACAACAUUUCAGUCUCGAACAAGUUGGAAUCAACUACUUUUCUAGCUAGGGUGAAAAAAUAGCAUUUGGUGAAAUAGAUUUUAAAUCAUAUCUUAAGGAGGUAAUUUACAAUUUAAAGUCUUAGUUACUUUUGUACCAAAAGAGAUAGUGUAAAUUAUUACACCUUUAAUAUCAUAGGUAAUUAAGCUUCCUUUUGUUUUUUUUCCCAUGAGGAGAAAUAUCAAUUGAGAGAAGUAAAUCUUGUUGUUUA